AGAAUUUAGUUUUGUGAUAAAAACUAAAAGAACUUUAGUUCUAAGCAGAAUGUCAGACGAAGACAUCGAGAAAUGGAUGAAAGAUGGCCGCAACAAAGAUUUACAGGUGUCGACGAGCUGCUCGAGCUUCGAGGUGCUGGACCCGCACGACCCGGUGAUCAGCCGCCUCGCCACGCAGCUCUUCAAGCGCACCAAUGACUACCUACAGGGAGAAAUGUCUGCGGGCCAGGACCACUACAACCUGCUGGAGCAGAUCAACCGACUCACAAUAACCAAGUAUGCUGAUCUCCGUAACCUGGCGGUGAACCUGAGCAAAACACUCAAUGAGUAUAAUGAAAUGUACAACACCCAGAUCCGGCCGUUGCUGCAGCAGAUAGACGCCAUCGACGCGCAGGUCUCCAGGUUCGAGGCGAGCGCGUACCGCCUGGACGCUUACACCAAGCAGCUCAAGCAGCGCUUCAAGGAACUCGAGGACAAGUAGCCAGAACAACACCUCCACUGAUGAGCAGCUGCCAGGCGCAUGUAGCAAGCG